AUGAAAAUCACAGGGCCAGAAAUUAAAUCUACUCCUUUAAUCACCAUUCCAUUACAUGUAUUUUUCAUGAUUCAUGCAAUUAAAGUUUAAAGAAAUAAUGUAAAAAUCAAGAGAGGGAUUGAAGUAUUGUAAAAUGUGGACAUUUCCCAGAGAAACCUCCAGUAAACCACUCAGUGACACUUAACUGCUUUUGUUGUGGUUCCAGUCAAAAAGAAAAACAGUCAUGGGUGAUUCCAAACUUCUACCAUGGGAACAAGUCUCAGCCUUUCAGUAAACGUUUGGUAGCAAUCUACCAGGAAGAGCUCAAAAGGAAAAUAAACCCCUCGGGCUGAGAGUCUUGAUGAGGAACUGCAUUGCUCAGAGUGGCGAGGCACAGCGAAGCAUACAAACGCUCCACAGCAGCUCUCUCAUCUGGUUUAUGUUCUCAUGUGCUGAUCGCUAUGGAGAUGGAGAUGAAUCAAGCUUAAGAAGUUGCAAAAGGGUUCCCAUUACAACAGGAUAGUCCCUAAACUGUGUCAUGGACCAGCGUAGGCAACACACCAAAGUGAAGCGUUUUCUCAAGCUGGGUUACUCCCAUGAGGAUAUUGACAGAGUACUGAAGAGUCUGGACCAUGAUGCCCAGACCAACGACAUUCUAGAAGAGCUAAUCAAGACCUGCCACAUUCGCAGUGACAAAAUUGACACAAGCAGCCCCAUACUGGUGUCAAGAGGCUGCAACCCCGGGGCCACCAGACCGGCACCAGACAGAGAGACUGCUUUUGCUUUCAGACCAGUAGUCAUAGAUGGAAGCAAUGUUGCUAUGAGCCAUGGAGACAAGAAGGUGUUCUCGUGUCAGGGCCUCCAGAUGGCAGUGAACUGGUUCUGGGAUAAGGGACUGCGAGACAUCACUGUGUUCAUUCCCCUGUGGAGGAAGGAGCAGCCACGGCCCGAGGCACCGAUUACAGAUCAACAUAUUCUCCAUGAUCUCGAGAGUAGGAAGAUUUUAGUGUACACCCCAUCCCGUUGUGUGAAUGGCAAGAGGGUGGUGUGCUAUGACGACCGCUACAUUGUGAGGCUAGCUUACGACUUAGACGGGAUCAUCGUGUCCAACGACAACUACCGUGACCUUCAGAUGGAGAAUCCGCAGUGGAAGAAGUUCAUAGAGGAGAGACUGCUGAUGUAUACCUUUGCCAAUGACAAGUUCAUGCCUCCAGAUGAUCCUUUGGGUAGAAACGGUCCCACCAUUGAUGACUUUCUACGAAAGAAGCCAAAGAAUGUAGACAACAAACUUCUACACUGCCCAUAUGGAAAAAAGUGUACGUACGGCAUGAAGUGCAAGUUCUAUCACCCAGAAAGGACCAACCAAUCACAGCUGUCUGUGGCUGACGAGCUCAGGGACAGAGCCAAGACGUCAAGCUACAAACCAACGAUUCAAGACACAUAUACACACGAAAGUACCCUCUCCACCAACACAGAUGAGCCUCUUCACAGUGACCACUUUAUCUAUCAGCAAGACAGCAGCAGUCCCAAGGUUAUGGCAGGUCUCCCGCCUUGGCCAAAUAUGGAAGUGGAUGAAGCGUUCAGCUCACUGGACAGCUACAUGUCCAAACUCCAAUUACAUGAUACGCCCUAUGGCAUAAGCAGGCCACCCUACAGCUUCAGCAGCGGUGUGGCCAGCUACAGCCUGAGCCAUGAUGACUACUCCAUCUCGGGGUCACACAGUGCCAGCAACCAAAACUUCAGCGGAGGAUGUCACUAUCUUCCGCAAAAUAGUUGCAAGCGGUCCGCAUGCCCUCACUGUACAUGUGGUCACCAUCAGCCUGGGGCGCAACACCGCGCCCACCACCCUGCGUGGGCCUCUUACCCGGCUUUUCCAUUACAUCAGCAUCCCUCACACUUUUCUGAGAAGCACUACUUCAGGCAGCUUGCACACAAGCAGAGCCAAAGCCUGCCCAAAGAUGCAUGGGUGCACGGCAACAAUGCUGGAAGCCUGUCUGGCGAGCUUCGCAAGGAGAUCAGGACCCAGCUGAGCACGCUCUUCCCCAAGAACACAGUUGAUGGAGUCAUGAACGCCUACCCACAUGUGUCAGACAUGUCUGAACUGGUGUCUCUAAUUCAGAACUACAGGAGCAAUCACAUUGGGUUCUGAUUCUAGAAGUAAAUCACUCAACUGAAAAAAAAUAAAAACAAGGCAUCUGAUUUGUUCGGAUUUCAAAUCAGGUUUCCCAUAGGAAACAGUGGAAAUAUCAACCCAUUCCAGGGUCAUACUGUCACUGCCAUGAAUUUUUUAUGAAUGUACAGGUAAUGUUUGUAUUAAAGGGUUUCCAUUUUUAAUCGUCACAUAAAGAGAAUUAUGCAUUCAAAAAAUCAAUAAUGGAAAGCCGUUUGGACAUUUAUUUGAUCUCCUUGACAUCCACCAUUAGGUCCAUGUGCUAGGACUGUCCUCUCUAGCUGUACAAUGCAUCACUGCACUAGUUGGGCCAGACUCAAAUGAGUUCGUUGUCGGGGGAAAAUCUUAGCCCUUUACUAGAUAAGCAGUUUCAGAACAAUAAGAGAUAUGCAUGGAAGGAAACAGUUCAAGUACAAAUACGAAGGCUGUGUCUGAGAAGCUUCUGCCUAUUUCUACUUUCAUUGAGGUCAUAAAUACACGUAUGAACAGGCAGUUAGUCAUCACCUGCCUUAUGCAACUGGCAUCCUGCUUUGUCAUACAGCAGUAUAACAGUAAAUGGAUCUCAAGAUGGAUAACAAGGAUAUUGAAUACAUGCUCAAAUGACUUUCCAUAUCUCAUCCUGAUUUCUGGUUCACUCAGGUUGUUCACUGCUGACCAAUGAUUGGAGUUUGUAUUGUAUGGCUGAAAGAGACCAAGGGUGCCCAUAAAUGUGACGUAAACAUACCUGUAACUCUUACUUUUGGCAUUAUAAAAUAAAUCUCGUUUUCUUGUUCUUUACAAGGUGUAAAUGUGCAGUGCACUAUGCUCCCAACAAACUACUGACUGUAGCACAGAUUUUUUUAAAUUGAAGCAGCCAGUGUUGUUUUCUCAUGUUGCCUCAAAGUGAGGAAGGCUAUUAUGUACAUUACUCUCUCAGUAUGAUAAUGAUUUUAUUAUUAUUUUUUUAUUAAAUACACAAGCAGUUGAAUCAGCCAUUGUUGUUCAGUUC